AUGAAGCUAUAUUCCAUUAUUUUCGGGGCCUUCCUGGAGCUUAUUUUCCUACAAACAGCAAAAGCGGAUAUUCCCGGAUGUCAUUUCCUAGAAACUGUGAAUAUAACGUCAAGUCUGAGGCUACAAAAUGGCUCCUAUAUGUACCAAGACAUCGAGAUUCCUGAAUAUUUGACUGGUCAAUAUGAUUACAUAACAACGGAGGAGGGAAUAAGAGAAGGAGUAAGAAACCAUCUACGAGGAUGUAUUUGCCAACUGAAACCUUGCAUAUGGAUCUGUUGUCGCUUUAAAGAUUGGGAUGAACCCAAUAGUAAAUGCACAGAUGGUAUGAUGGAGGAGUUGGCUGGGAUCGAUCCCUUCCUUAAUGUGACACUCAUCAAUGGGUCAGUGGCAGAAACGAACUUGCUAAAGGAUUUUAUCGUGUUGAGAGAUCGACUUCGGCUUAGUGAUAUUUGGGUAAAAGAGAAGUACACAAUAUUCGAGAACGGGUCUGUACUGUUGAAUAGUACGGACAUACUUUUCUUCAGGGGAUAUGACUGUCUCCAUCCAAAUCAGUUUACUUCAGGCAACACAGAGUCCUUUGUUGCUGCCUUCCAUAUGGAAUGGUAUAAUGAGAGGUACCUAUCACUGAAUCCAGGAAUGAAAGAGCUCUUGUGCCUUUCAGAAGUUUCGUUGGGUCUCACAAUCGUACUGUAUCUUCACUUAAAGAAGCUCCGGAAUCUGCACGGAAAGUGCUUCAUCUGUUACAUGAUAGCUUCGUUUAUGUAUUUUGUCUUUUAUUUGCUGGAAGCCGUUCCAAUUCAUUUGCAGUUGUGCGUUUUACAAGGUUACGUCACGAUUUAUUUCUUCAUCGCCAAAUUAAGUUGGCUCUUGGCUUUGAGCCAUCAGUUGUGGAGAGGCUUUACAUCGGUCAAUCGAGUUGAGUCUGAAUAUAGCUUCGGGGCCUACAGCACCUUUGCCUGGGGAUCGACUGCUAUCCUGACGGGAGUUAUUUUCCUGAUUAAUCAGAUUUGGGAUAGCGAUCCCAACAAGUUGGAUUGGGUGUCCGGUAUUGGUUGGGAAAACUGUGUAUAUAUGGGGGCCGGUAAUUAUUUUAACUACAUUAUUGAAACGCCGUUGGUAAUACUAGUAGCAUUAAAUACAAUCCUUAUUAUGUUGACCAUUAUCACAAUUAUACGAGUAAAACUCUCACUGAGGCACUUGUUCGACCAGGACGAGAGGGCAAGGAACCUGAACUCGAGAAUGCAAUCGUAA